ACAAACAUAUAGACGAAGAAGAAGAAGAAGAAGAAGAGGAAGAAGAAGAAGAAGAAGGCUACCAAGUUGAAGGGAAAAUGUCAGGUGUCUCUCUCGCCACAGCUACUAGAAAUGACCCUAAAGAGGCCGCCACAAAACCCACGAAGCCCCUUGACAAGCAAGAACAAACUAUGAUUGGGAGCGUAAUGGGAUCACUGCGGGUGAUUGAACUCCAAUUAGUUGCUUUCAUAAUGGUUUUCUCAGCAAGUGGUCUUGUCCCACUUCUUGAUUUACUAUUCCCGGCCUUUGCUUCUGUUUAUAUUUUAGUGUUGGCUCGUUUUGCUUUCCCUUCAAAUGGCCGUUUCAGUUCAGGCCCUCAAGAGAUAUUUCAAGGAACCAAGUUCUUUAGGUUGUAUGUCAUUGUAGGAACCACAGUGGGGCUGUUCUUGCCUCUGGCAUACGUGUUAGGCGGCUUCGCAAGAGGCGAUGAUCAUGCCGUCCGAUCAGCUACACCUCACUUGUUCUUGCUCUCAUUUCAAAUACUGACUGAGAAUAUCAUCAGUGGGUUGUCGCUUUUUUCGCCUCCGGUGAGAGCAUUAGUCCCAUUGCUUUACACAGUGAGGAGGAUCUUUGUUAUUAUUGAUUGGAUACAGGAUGUGUGGCUUAACAAAACUCUAUCAGCUAAUGCACAAGUCAAGGAUAUUGGCUGGCAUUGGUUUGGGAGGAUUCUAGCAGCUGUGAACCUUGUAUAUUUCUCUACCAAUCUUUUUGGAUUUUUGAUUCCUGGAUUCCUUCCUCGCGCAUUCGAGAAGUAUUUGGAGGAGAGGGAUGAAACUCAUAUGAAGAUGGCAGAGGACAAGCGAUCUGCUGCUGGAAACAAACCACAAUCAACAGAUAAGAAAGCUGAUUAGCAUUCUUUGAUGCUAGUUUAUUGCAGUAGGUCCUUGACUUAAAAUGAGUUUCUAUAAGCAAAGAACCAAGUUUGUAUUUCAAAGAAUCUAAGUAGUGCUCCUCUUAUAGCUUUUUCAA